CUGUUUAAAUGGAAUUUGAUGCAUUAAUACUUACUCCUAAAUUAAAUGAUGUUGUAUUAAGUAGUUCUUUUCAUGAAUCAGUUGCUGGAACAUUGUGCAUCACAGGUCAUCAUUUAAUUCUACAAUCUCAUAAGAACUUCCAAGAAUUAUGGCUUUUACAUCAGUCUAUAGACUCUGUGGAAAAAAUACAAAAUUCUAAUCAAAAUGGGGGCACUAUUGUUAUAAAAUGCAAAGAUUUUAGAAUCUUUAAUUUAGAAUUACCUGACUCUGUUGAAUUUCUUAAUUUAUACAUUUCUAUUAAACGUCUCGCAAAUUUAAAUAAUAUAAAAUUGCUCUAUCCAUUUUUUUAUCGUCCAAUGUAUAACAUCCUUGAAAAUGGUUAUGCAUUAUUUAAGCCUGAAAGUGAAUUUACCAAACUUAUAGCAUCUGAUGAAUGGAGGAUUUCUAUAAUUAACAAAAAUUAUAGCACUUGCAAUACGUACAGCGCUACAUUAAUUGUUCCUAAAAUUAUUGAUGAUGAAGUUAUAAUCGCAUCAGCAAAUUUUCGUCAAGGCGGAAGAUUUCCAGUAUUUAGUUAUAAACACAAAAAUGGUACUAUCCUUUUAAGAUCCAGUCAGCCACUAUUAAAUAAUUGUAAUAGAAGAUGCGCAGCAGAUGAAAAAAUUUUGAAUGCUAUAUUAGGGCCUUUUCAAAAAGGAUAUAUUAUUGACACACGCAGUUCAACUUAUAUUAACUCUUGUAAGGGAAAAGGCGGAGGGACUGAACCCGAAGGGUAUUACACAAAUUGGAAAAAGGUUUAUAAACCUCUGGAUAAGAUUUCUAAAUGUGAUGGAUCACUUCUAGAUAAUUUAUCAAAAUUAAUAGAGGAUGCCAACAAUAAUGGUGAUGAUUUACAGAUCAAUGUAGAUUAUGGUGAGGCAGUUGUGCGUCAGAGAGGACAACUGAGAAGAGAUGCAAUAGCAAGAAUAAUUCACGGUUAA